ACAAUCUUUCUUAUCACUUGAACUGAUCGUCUUGAAAUCAACAAAUCGGGAGACAUGCAAUAUGAUGAUCUUUCAAUAAGUACCAAAAUAUUUAGACAUUUUUCUUUUGUUCAAUAAUAUGAUCUCAUCAGUCUAAUUUAAAUACUUUGAGAGUACACAACGAAUGAACAUCCAGUAAAUCAAUACGAAAAAGCCAAAAAAAGUGUGUGCGAUUAACUUUAUCGGGAUUUAAAGAAUUAGAAAGAGAAUCAGAGCGAAGUACAAAAAAUUAAAAAAAAACAAAACUAAACGAAAAGUAUAGAACCAAGGGCAAAUGUGUAGACGGCCGUUUUAAGUUUAGAAUUUUUUGUUUUUGUUAUUAUUGCAGUCCAUUCAUCAUCAUUCAACCAACUUCCUCUCGGCACUCUACGUCAAAAAUUUAACGUUUAAAACAAUUAUACCCCAAAAAUAUAUAAUGAUGUCACGAACCGUCAGAUUUUCUUACAGAUAUUUCAAAUUAAUGUAUAUUGUUGCGGGUAUUCUAUUGAGUAACGAGGAUAUAUGUGAAACAGUAGAUCAAAUACAAAUCGCACCACGCGUUGAAAUGAAAGAAAAAUUUCCCCAACAACAGGCAACGAAAAAAGUGCAACGUCUCGAAAUAAGCGAGAAUAAAACCAGCCUAAAACACUGUUGGUAUCAUAAAUUCAGUGUAUUUCGUGUGUUGAGUAGCCUAAAGAAACGUUUAAGGCCGCAAUGGAGUGCCUUUAGUCUAUGGACUAUACCCAACUAUUUCAUACAAUGUUCCUCUAAUUUACUCUAUCGCACGUUUGUUAUAAGCAGUGACUGUGAUGUUUUAUAUAAAUAAAUAUUAAAAAUUAAAACGAUUUCCUUAACUAGAAUUCAA